AUGGAACCACUUGGGGACCAUUCGGGAACCAGUCCUGAUUUCUGCCUGGGGCAGUAUCUCGCAACCGGGAACUUUCUAAUCACGGCAGGUGACAUUGUGAGUGUGCACGAGUCGACGGCGUGCCGCGUUCUGCACAGAGUCGUCGCUGCACUUUGCUGGCGAGUGAACAGCUUCAUCCGAUGGCCAACGACUGAGGAAGUAAGAGCAGCGCAGCAGGACUUCUACGCGUUGGCUGGAUUUCCUGGGGUCGUGGGAGCUGUAGACGGCACGCACGUCCGCAUCCAGGCACCGUCGGAACACGAGGGAUCCUACGUCAACUGCAAGAACUACCAUUCGAUCAAUGUUCAACUGAUCGUAGCGGCUGACUGUAGGAUCUUGGAUGUGGUCGCCAACUGGCCAGGAAGCACCCAUGAUUCCCGGAUUCUGCGCGACAGCACCAUUGGCAGGGAGUUCGAACGUGGGGUCCACACUGGACUUCUCCUGGGGGACAGUGGUUACCCAUGCAAACGCUGGCUCAUGACUCCGUUCCUCCAGCCACGAGACAGGCCGCAAGCGAAUUACAACUCUUCGCAUUCGACAACGCGGGCUGUCGUUGAACGGUAA